CACACAGCUAAGGCAACAGACUGCAUGCAGAUCAAGUAUUCCGGUACAGGUAGGUACACACAGCUAAGGCAACAGACUGCAUGCAGAUCAAGUAUUCCGGUACAGGUAGGUACACACAGAUAAGGCAACAGACUGCAUGCAGAUCAAGUAUUCCGGUACAGGUAGGUACACACAGAUAAGGCAACAGACUGCAUGCAGAUCAAGUAUUCCGGUACAGGUAGGUACACACAGCUAAGGCAACAGACUGCAUGCAGAUCAAGUAUUCCGGUACAGGUAGGUACACACAGCUAAGGCAACAGACUGCAUGCAGAUCAAGUAUUCCGGUACAGGUAGGUACACACAGCUAAGGCAACAGACUGCAUGCAGAUCAAGUAUUCCGGUACAGGUAGGUACACACAGAUAAGGCAACAGACUGCAUGCAGAUCAAGUAUUCCGGUACAGGUAGGUACACACAGCUAAGGCAACAGACUGCAUGCAGAUCAAGUAUUCCGGUACAGGUAGGUACACACAGAUAAGGCAACAGACUGCAUGCAGAUCAAGUAUUCCGGUACAGGUAGGUACACACAGAUAAGGCAACAGACUACAGGCAAAUCAAGUAUUCCGGUACAGGGGAACUCCUGGAGAGGUUUGAACAAGGUCUUCCCAUCUUCACGGAGAAGACGGCCAAGAGGAUGCACCACUUCCCAGCCAAUGACAGCGAGAUGGAUAAGGCCAUUAAGAUGUUCCGGCCCGGCAAGGACAGCCGUCUCCAGUCUAUCUGUGUGUGCAACAUGAAGGGCAAGCUGAUCCAAAAGGAGCCCCUGUCCACUGGAGUUGCUGGCAAGAAGUCCAUACCUUGUGGCAAGAAACAAGAGAAGCAAACAUUCUUAUCCAGCGCUGUUCCCAGUCCCAAGAAAGCGAAGCAUGGUUCUAAGUGGCAGUGGAGGAAGGCAAUUGACUCCGACGUGGAGGAAGACUCGGACUUCUCGCUCAACUCAGAUGAAGAUGUUGAUGAUGAUCACGACAGUGAUGGAUGGCAACAUAUGUUUACUGAUGAUGAUGAUGCAGCUCCCAAUGCAUUGGACAGUGUGGUUGGCCAGGCUAUUGUGAAUCUGGGGGAUGAGAAUGAGGUUCAGACCACAGACUCCACACAACCGACUGUGCCCAACACAACAAACAGCACAGCAUCGGGCACAUCCCAGGACAAUUACAACACUGAUGUUGUGGAAACCGUCCUCACCUACACUCCAAGCAGCACUGACCCUGACACCAUUGUUGUGUCACUGGCAGGCAAAACUGUAGACCUUGUCUCAAAGCAGACUUCACAGUCCAAGCCAAGGAGUUGGUUAAGCAAGACCCUAGCAGAUUCACCCAAAACUCCAAGAAAAAGUAGAAAGGCUUCCAAAUUAUUUGAAAAGGGUCUUGGAGAAAACCUGAAUGACUCAAAGGGGAGAUCAGCUAAAAGAAGUAACAGUAACUCUCGAAGCAGGAAAGAGAAGUCAAGGGAGAGAAGCCUUGGUCACCCUACACAGAGCGCACUGGUGGGGAAUGAGAAACGAAGGUCACCCAGGAAGAGGUUAUUGGAUAAUGAAGUAUCUAAACAAAGUGAUAAAUCCAAGGAGAAGAAAGCUCCGCCGAAGAAGAUCAUGGUGGACAGCAAUUAUAAAGCAGCUGUAAAACGCAAUAAAACAACAGCAAAUUACAAAGACUUGAUAGCUAAAACAGCAACGACAACCAGCACUGAUGACACGCCACUUGAUGACACUCCGCUUGAUGACACCCCACUUGAUGACAUCCUGCUAGAGAUGGAGUGUGUUGAGGAGGAUGACAACGAUGCAUGCUUCUCACCCCCACCCUCACCACCUUCUGACUCUGACUCCGACUUCAAUGCUCCGUCACAUUCGGAACAUACAGACAAAGGCACACUUUCAAGAUCAGAGUGGAGCAAGCUGGUUGGUCAUGAUGACACUGCGACUCCAUCCAGCUCAGGUCAAAGCAAGACAAACAUCGAUGGAGGCAAUACCAGACCUUUAAGUGCUGAGGAAACAAAGUCAAUAUUCGGUGCAGAAAGUACCACGAGCUCCAGUUUUGAACAAAUCAAGCCAAUGGUGUUUGAAGUCAGUGCCCAACCUUCCAGCUCUGAGCCAAGCAAGCCAGUGAUUGAUAACGGUAGUGCCAGGCCUUCCAGUUCGGAGCCAAGCAAGCCAGUGAUUGAUAACAGUAGUGCCAGUCCAUCCAACUCUGAGCCAAGCAAGCCAGUGAUUGACAACGGUAGUGCAGGGCCUUCCAGUUCUGAGCCAAGCAAGACGGUGAUGGAUGCAGACAGUUCCAGGCCUGCAGACACUGAGCGAAGGAAGUCAACAGUGCAGGAGAUAAAAGACGUCAUGAUGAUGAUGAACUCGUUCGUGUCGAUGCAGCAGUCGCAGUUUGAAGAUGAGAUUGACCGAAGGGAGAGGAUGCAUUCAGACAGGAUGAUGGUGUUCAAGGGACUGGUGGAUACACUCAAACUCUCCAUGGACAAGGGAGAAACAUGACCCUUUUGUAAAAAAGCUGCAAACUAUCAAACUGGAAGUCAAACAAAACGGUUCACAUUGGCACACUCUCAAUGGAGAUGUUCUGUCCGUGUUCAAGGAACAGGUGGAUACUGUCUCUCUGCCUUAUGUAUGUGGCUGAUAUCCUCAACUCUGAGAGACAUGAGAGACAUUACAGCUACUGAUGAACAUGACAAAUACUGUAUUACUCCAUGAGAGAGGGACAUCAUGAACAUGUCCUUUAAGCAGAGGAAAUUGUUUCUAUCAUAGUUACGAAUCCUGGUAUUCAGUCAAGGGCCCUGAAGUAACAGACAUCGGCAUACAGCACAUCACAUGACCGCCAUAAAUAGCUGAAUUUCUAAUGUCAUGAUGUGUUGUAAUGGUGAUUUUGUUUAUUCAUUUAGAGACGGCCGAAAUGUGGAGCUGUGUUAAGUACCGGGGAAUGGUGGACACACUUCCGAGAGAAACACGGGAAGUGAUGUCGUCAGUUCUCCCCCCCUCACUGGACACGACAUACCAAAAGUUCUGCUGAAAAUGUUGGAAAGAACAGCUGAAAUGAUGACAUUAUUGGCAUAUCUCAAGUGCUUAUAUGUUGUUUCAUUGUCUGAGGGGCAACAAAUGCUGUGUCCAACUGCCAAAUGACAACAACGUAUUAAAAGUACAGAGACUCCAUUUCAACGGAAGAUCUGAAUUUCGUUUGUUGGUUCUAGUUCCAUGUGGAAGACUCAUUGUUCAGAAAGAAGCAAUUAAUUAGCUGUGAAGCUGUCUUGUUUUACUAUGCGACAUCCACUGGUAGGUCGGUAGCACAUUGCUACAAUUCACUCCUUCAUGGAACUCAACUAUAAUCUGAUGCUGACUUUUCAACGGCCUUCAGAAACUCUGAGUGCGAAUCAAGGAAUGUUGUGCAAACAUUUAUGCCCCUUGUUUCCAAACUAUUUAUCUUUAAGUUUACAAGAUAUUAUGAUAAAAAUAUAUAUUUUCAGAAGUUAUGAACCUGUAAACAUAAUCAGGAUGUACGAGUAAAGUGUACUGCACCGGCGCUGGGUUAAAUAAAAUUGUAACAAUGUCCGGGGCUGAAAUCUUGCUUUUAAAAACUCAUUUCUCUCGUAGGUAUACAUUUUGACAGGAAAGGUUUUGCUGUAUUCAAAGGUAAAUGGUUUGUGAAUAAGGUGUACAAAUAUAUCAACCUAUUCUGUAACUUGCCCUCAGCUGGAGCUUGUGCAGGUCAGGGAUAUAACUUUAAUAAGUAUAAAGGGGGGGGCAUGAAUCAUAGCCUUGUAUUAAUGACCUGAGGUGUUGGAUAGUAAAACUAAAAGUACAUAACUAUGAUUAGAAAUUGUGUCAGUGAGGCAGGUAUUAUUUGAAAAAAACUCAUGACAAGUGCAACCAAAAUGCACACAAUUGUUGUCUCGCUACAUUGAGAUGUGCAUAGUGUGUUGCAAGGGGACUGAUUAAGCAAUUACUGUUGCCAAGCCUUGCCUGAAGUGCAACUUCCUCAAGUUGCUUUAUGUGCUAAUGUGAUGCUUUGUGCUGUGUAUAGUGGCUAUUACUUACGCAGCUGUUUGGGUGGGUGGGUUUUAUACAUUUCGAAAAUUCUUGACACUUGUUGAUGUUUAUUCAGUAAUGCUGAACCUGGCCUUGUUGAUAAUACAUUUUACGGACGCUAUGACAUUGCAUAUUAAAGGGAGAUAACUCCUCCAGCCUCCAGCGUAAAUUGACCCGUCUGUCAUGCCACAUUCACACGGAUCCCAAAAUAUUAUUUGUUGAUGAUAUGACACACUUAUAUUAUUAUUAUUUCAUUAUUUAUAUAUUAUAUCAUUGAAAAAUAUUAUUUCGAUUCUGAUUCUGCUAGGCACGUCGUGUUCCCUCUAGGGGUGGCGCAAGGACAUGGCUCGGCUCCCUCGCCAUGAAGGGCCUUCACAAACAACAUCUAAGUCCAGCUGUACUCAUUCAGAAUAAAUCUAUUUAACCAGUGAA